AUGGAAGGAUCGUAUCCACUGCAGGCACGCAACACGGUGCGUCGACAUCGGGAACGAGCCAAGUACGACUUCGAGACGGUCCAUUCCAUCGUGAACGCGUCGCCCAUCCUCCACGUAUCAUUUCUGCCUACGAACCCGGCUGAUGACCCCUUUCCAACCACCCUGCCCAUGAUUGGGUAUAUGGGCUCAUUUGAUGGCCCGUCGACGGGUGCGCUCGAUCUGUAUCUUCAUGGUCACAGUGCCUCGCGUGUCAUGCGCUUAGCCGGCAAUCUCGGAAAUGAGGGAAUCCCCGUCUGUGUCGCCGCGACCCUGCUCGAUGGCAUUAAGCUCUCGCUAACGCCAUUCAACAACAGCUGCAACUAUCGCAGCAUUGUGAUGCACGGCUAUGCCUCAGUUGUGACGGAUGAAGCAGAGAAAGAUUGGGCCCUUCGCCUCAUUACGGACGGCUUGGUGCCGGGGUGUUGGGACAAUUCCCGCGUGCCUCCCACCCGUGCCGAGAACCUAAGCACGUCUGUUCUCAGGGUUCAUGUCGCUAGCGCUAGCGGCAAAAUAAGCCAAGGCGGGCCUUCGGACGACAGGAAGGACCUUCAAGAUGACAAGGUUACUGGCAGAGUGUGGACAGGGACCCUUCCUGUCUGGGAGUUCGCUGGGACACCCAUUCCGAGCAUUACGAAUAAAGUGGCCCAGGUGCCAGAGUACGUGGUUCAGUGGCGACAGAAUCACAAUGCAGAGAACGAAUCAUACGCUCGGGAAGCCAUUGGAAAUGGUAAACAGUGA